AUGGCUUCCAAGGCUGAUUCUCAAUAUUUUCCCCUGGCCGGUGUUGCUCGAGACGGCUGGUCAUCUGAUACCGAAGCCACCGCAACCUGCUUGUGCGGCGCUGUGCAAGUCGUCUUUUCUACUGAAGCCCCUGGUCUGGUCUACACUUUUCACUGCAACUGCUUCGACUGUCGCAAGAUCACCGGUUCCAUGUUCGCCACCAACUUCACCGUCGACAACUCCUUCAUCAAGUUUGUCCGCGGUGAAGACAACUUGUCUCACUGGGGCCAGGACAAGACGCCUGCUUCGGGAACCACAAUGACCAACACCUUCUGCACGACCUGCGGCACCCUCAUGUGGCGCAGAAGCGCCCUCACGCCUCACCACAGCUUCAUGAGAGUUGGUACCGUCGAUGAUUUCAAGGUGCAGGAGACUAAGCUGCGACCUCAGCUUGAGCUUUUCACCGACAAUCGUACCAGCUGGUUCCAUGGAGUGGAGGGAGCGACCCAGUUCCCGGGUCCUUAUAAAUCGUCGGACGCGUAG